GUGUGUGUGUGAGAGAGAGAGAGUGUGUAUGUGUUGCUGUUACCCGCCGCCUCCCCUUUUUUUCUCUCCGUCUUCCUCACCCACCCCCUUUUCUCUCCGUCUCCCUCGUCCCUACACCUCCAGUCCUGCUCCUGUUGUCUCGGCGGAUUGUUGGGCUGUGGGAGAGAAGGGGAUAUCGCGAGUAUUGGAGUUUUGGUGAGAGUUUGUGGAAGAUGGCGCCUGUUGUGACAGGGAAGUUCGGGGAGCACCCUCAGCCACAGCGCCUAACAAGAGAAGCGAUGAGGAAUUACCUGAAGGAGCGAGGAGACCAAACUGUCAUGAUCCUACACGCAAAAGUUGCACAGAAAUCCUAUGGCAAUGAGAAAAGGUUCUUCUGCCCUCCUCCCUGUGUGUACCUGAUGGGCAGCGGCUGGAAGAAAAAGAAGGACCAGAUGGAGCGAGACGGCUGCUCCGACCAGGAGUCGCAGCCUUGCGCCUUCAUCGGCAUCGGCAACAGCGACCAAGAAAUGCAACAGCUCAACUUAGAGGGAAAGAAUUAUUGCACAGCCAAAACCUUGUACAUAUCCGACUCUGACAAGAGAAAGCACUUCAUGUUGUCUGUCAAGAUGUUCUACGGCAACAGCGCGGACAUCGGCGUCUUCCUCAGCAAGAGGAUCAAAGUCAUCUCCAAGCCCUCCAAAAAGAAGCAGUCCCUCAAAAAUGCUGACUUGUGCAUUGCAUCAGGGACCAAGGUGGCACUGUUCAACCGACUGCGCUCCCAAACAGUCAGCACGCGGUAUCUACACGUGGAGGGUGGCAACUUUCACGCCAGCUCCCAACAGUGGGGCGCUUUCUACAUCCACCUGUUGGACGAUGAGGAGUCAGAAGGGGAGGAGUUCACUGUGAGAGACGGUUAUAUCCACUACGGCCAGACGGUCAAGCUGGUCUGCUCUGUGACCGGCAUGGCCCUGCCCAGACUGAUCAUCCGGAAGGUGGACAAGCAGACGGCGCUGCUGGACGCCGAUGACCCCGUCUCCCAGCUCCACAAGUGUGCCUUCUACCUGAAGGACACAGAGCGCAUGUACCUGUGCCUUUCCCAAGAAAGGAUCAUCCAGUUUCAAGCCACUCCAUGCCCAAAGGAACCAAACAAGGAGAUGAUCAACGACGGCGCCUCCUGGACAAUCAUCAGCACAGACAAGGCCGAAUACACCUUCUACGAGGGCAUGGGCCCCGUCCACUCGCCUGUCACCCCGGUGCCUGUGGUGGAGAGCUUACAGCUAAACGGCGGCGGGGAUGUCGCCAUGCUGGAGCUGACGGGACAGAACUUCACUCCAAAUCUGCGGGUCUGGUUCGGAGACGUUGAGGCUGAGACCAUGUACAGGUGCGCCGAGAGCAUGCUGUGCGUGGUGCCCGAUAUCUCCGCCUUCCGCGAGGGCUGGCGCUGGGUGCGGCAGCCCGUCCAGGUGCCCGUAACGUUGGUGAGGAACGACGGCAUCAUCUACUCCACCACACUGACCUUCACCUACACGCCAGAGCCCGGACCGAGGCCACACUGCAGCGCCGCCGGCGCCAUCCUGCGGGCCAGCAACUCGAGCCUGCUCAGCAACAGCAGCCAGGAGGCCGGCUCCAGCGUCUACGGCUCCAACAGCACUUCCAACGCAGGAGUCACGUCUUCUUCCUCCACCGCCGCAGCCGUGGUCUCCUAACGCACACAUGGGGGGGGGGCACUCAUACAAUAUGCCUUGAGAGCAAAUAUACCCUGAGGUAUAUGAAGACUAUAGGAAAUAAACAAAACUGACUCACUCUAAAAGUGCUGCGUUCAUUUUGGAUACAAAGAAGCUGCAAAGGAAAACAAAACAAAAGAAUCGGUGGGACAGAGGAGCCCUACGCAGGGGGAAAUCUGAAGGAGUGACAUCACAACGUUGUCAGCUGAUGGGAAUAAACGUAUAUAAAGUGCUCCUUGACACUCCUCCCCACCCCAGCCCCCCACUCUCUUCUCCUGUGGUUACUUUAGGGACCCGCCUGUCCAGUUCUGGUGUUGGGAAUGAGUGAAUUCCUGCAGGCUCAGAGCACCAGCACCUUUCUACGGCUGUGAGGACGGAAACCACAACAACAGUACAUCCACUGCGUGCAUCCCACCUCCCCUUUAUCCUCCCCACUCCGUUUUUAUUUUAUUUUGUAAUUAUUCCUUUUUGUUUCUCACAUUCACGUCUGAAACCCUUAUCAGGGGUGGGGGCGGAGGUGGUUUGGAUGUGUUGUUGUUGGAGGGAGUGCAAGGAUGCAGAGGGACACACAUAAAACGUGACGAUAACAUAGUUUUUAUGGACCAAGGAUCUUGUAUAAGCUUUAGUAAAGGUACAUUUUUCUCCAUACCUUUUUUGUAUUAAACAUAUAGUACACUUUUGUUACCAAAUAGUUUCUAUUCUUCCUCUGAGCUUGGGCUUUGUUUUUUAUUUUUAUUUUUUUCUCCCCUUGGAGGUCCAAAAUCCCAACCUGUAUGUUAUUGUGACCUUACUUCAAAAGCCUUUUUUUUUUUUUUUUUUUGGUUUCAUUUUGAUAUACUUGCUUCUUCUUUUUGGGGAAAAGUCUGAAGUCUUGGUUUUGUUUUGUUUUUUUUCUUAGAUUUUACAUAAGCAAAGGUCUUUUUUUUUUUUCUUUUUUUUCCCUUUUGAAAUUGGGGACAAACCUCAGAGGGCCUAUUUUUUAUCAUUGGUUUUUAAUGAAGUCUUUAAAAAAAAAAAAAAGAAAAGCUUUAAGCAACGCCUCUGCCUUGCCUGCAAUACUCUGUGUGCGCUGUGUCUCCUGGAAAGUAUACACAUCAGUACAUGUCACACGGAGCCAUAGCAACAUCUGCAGAACAUGAAAGCGGUCUUCUGCGAGAGCAAAUCCGUCUGCCGCUUUCAAACUAAUGUACCGAGCGUAGUCUUCGACUUCAAAGGAUAGCCUUAGUACUGUAUAUUCUUACUGUGUACACAGGUAAGCCAGUCACAUAUCUGAUAAUAUCCUUUAUCUGUCACUGCUAACGUAUCCAAUAAUGUAGUGUCUCAAAACUUGCACCUAGCAAAGGUGUCUUCCAGUCCGUGCUGUAGUUCUGGUGGCAUUUAUCUCCAAAAAAAGAAAAAGGAAAAAAACAAACAAAAAAAAAACAACAGAGGGGGGGAAAAAAGACACUUUUCGAUUUGAUGUGGCCUUACUGAAAACUUCAAAUAGAAGAAGAAGAAAAAAAACACUUCAGUUUUCUUAUAUGCUGUUUACUCACCUUGGGAGAACCUGUGCAUAGCACAAAAGCAAGCUGACGCCUCGCUUCUCUGCUGUUUGGAGCUCAUCGCCGCAGCUCUCCAACCACCUUCCCCAUGCAGAGCAGCCUUCUGAAGGGAGCCUUCAUUCCCAGUGUACAAGUACAAUAACCCACUUUUUUUUUUUUUUUUUUUUUAAAAACUCCCACGCUGGUGACGGGCACCUUCUCACUUUUUGGUACAAUGUCUCACGAGCGCUGUAAGCUCUUUUUCAGCCUUCUUCUUCUUCUUUGGUUUUUCUCAAAAAAAAAAACAGUCCUGUGGUUUAAUGUGUUGGCAGAACAAGCGUGUGUACAUUGUGAACUCACUGUCCGAGUAGUUGCACUCAUACAUGUUCGAUGGCGAGACCUGUAGGAGUUAUAAAGGCCUUUUAAAUGUGUAUUACUGAAAAUGUGCAUUUCCAAAACAUAACAGCAAUAUUGUACAGGUCAUCUCAUCAGUUUUUGUUUUCGUUUCGGGUUUUGUCCGCCUGAGCACUAGUUCACCAGCCAGCAAAUAUGUGUAUGUGUGCGUGUGGGUGUGUGUUUCAUAUACAGUUGCUGUAAUCGGUGUAUUGAGUCAGACUCGCUCCGCAUCCUCUCCGAGAAAAAGGAAAAAAACAACUUUUAUCAGUGUUUUUUUUUUUUUUUUUUUUUUAAAUGUCUUCCACCGGGAUCUAAACGUCUGAUAAAUGUGGAUAAAACAUUCAAAGGCAAUACUUGUGAUCGCAGUAUAACAGUACAACUGUAUACAAAGAACAAUACUGUGACUUGAAUGUGUGCUUAAUGAAGUAUUUCAGUUUUUCUUAUUCGCGCCCUCGAAACAGGAGCACACAGACUCGUUUGGCCCCCCCGCCCACGUUUCCAUGUAAAAAAAAUAAAAUAAAAUGAUUAAAAAUAAAAAUAUUAAUAAGAGAAAAGUUUAAAUUAUGCCCCUCCCCCUUCUCCCCCCCCAUUUUGCCGUUCUUGCCCACCUGUGUGUCGUUAAUGUUAAAUGUUUUAUAUUGUAAUAUUGAUAUUUUUUAAAUUAUUGGUACAAAGUUCCCCUUGUCUUAUGUCCACACACGAAAAAAGAAAUAAAAACGAAAAAAAAAAAAAACUAGAAAAGUGCAUUAUUGGCCGUGCUGCCUGAGUCUGGCCGCUUCCUGUUUGUCCUGGAAACGUGGAGGAAGUCGAAGAAGGUGCUGCAGCGGCCGCGUAGCAUCAAAAACCCAACAUUUGGCGCUUCUUCUUCUGCAGCGUGUCGAGCUGCAGGUUGACCCCUCCCCGCCCCAAAGCCCUUUACUCUGCAGGAUGGAGGUCACGAAAUCUGAACUGUAGAUUUUUAACUUCUUUUCUUUGUCUUCGAGCUCUAAAUUCAGCGUCUGCAUAGCAUCGCCUCCACCGCUUUAGGCUAACCGCCCGUCCUCCUCCUCCUUCCCCUUUGGCUACAGAGCAGCUUCGCCGCUUUUGUUGUAAACUAACACACACAAAAAAGGGGUGAUGCACGCUUUUCUCCGAAAAUGUGUCGCCUUGACAAUCCGAGCUGGUUUACAGUUUUAUUGUUAUUUUUUUUUUCCCUCUUAAAACAUCUGGAGUUUUAAGGGACAAAGGGAGGAUACAGCGUAACCAGAUAAGAGGGGUCAUUUAAAAAAUAAAAUAAAAAAAAAAAAAUGUUACAUGCCUUUAAAGAAAAAACAAAACUGUCGAUAAAGCUUUUUAACGAGGAAAAAAAGCAACAAACCACCAUCUCAUUGUUUGUUUUACAGAUCUUUUUCACUUUGUGUGUUUGUGUGUAUGUCUGGUCAUUAUUUGUUUUACACCUCCAAAAGCAGCUGUUUUUGUUUUGUUUUUUUAAUAAUGAGCUCUGAACAAUGUAUGUAUCCUCUAAUAUGCCAAAUGUCUUUUAUAAUGUAGUUUUCAUGCACUGCUAAACAAAAACAGGGCAGAGUGAGAGGCAGCUUUAAACAGAUUUUUGUUUUUGUGUUUAAGAAAAAAAGUUUUAAAAAAAGGAGUGUGGAGCCCUUUCUCUGUCGCACUCAGCCUUACUUCUCCUCAAGACUUAUUCGGCUGUUUGCACUACAGAGCGCUAACUUUUCUAUUUCUCUCACACGUUUCAUCCUCACUCACAUUUUCCUCGCCUUUUAUUUUCUUCUUUUCCCACCUUUUAACACGCAGCCUGUUGUGCUUAGCUUGCAGAUCACCUUUUAUUUAUCAUUUCCUCUUCUUCCUCACACCCCUCCACUAUCUUCCACUUCUCUCACUGUAUCUGUGUAUUAUUCUAGUAAAAAUGGUAAGCAGAGGUGUCAUUGUGGUAGUAUACUCAGUGCUCAAAGGGUUGCUGAUGGUAGAAACCUGUGCCGUUUGUAACAUUUUAGCAAUAACGUCAAAAACAAAGGGGACGGUUCUUUUUUUGUUUUGUUUUUUAUAACAUAACGUUAGUUUGUUUUUUGUACAUAUUGCAGCUCCAGAUCAUUGCUCAAAUCUGUAUGUCAUUAAAAGAAGAAAAAAAAAUGAGAAAAAAACUUGCAAUAUUGGCAUAAAAAUGAGAAAUAAAAAAAGUGAUGUAAAA